AUGGCAGGCAUCUUUGAGGCACCGCGCAAUGCGGACACUCUCUUCUUGGGUGGGCAGAAAAUAACUGGCUCUGAUGUCCGCGAACAGAAUGUUCUUGCGACGCAGGCUAUUGCAAAUGUUGUGAAGAGCUCCUUUGGACCCUCUGGUCUGGAUAAGAUGAUGGUAGACGACAUAGGGGACGUCACUGUAACAAACGAUGGAGCAACUAUUCUGAGCUUGUUGGAUAUUGAGCAUCCUGCUGGGAAGAUUCUCGUCGACCUGGCUCAACAACAGGACAAGGAGGUCGGUGAUGGUACCACUUCCGUCGUUCUGAUUGCUGCCGAACUCUUGCGACGAGGAAACGAGUUAAUGAAGAAUCGUAUACAUCCCACAACCAUUAUCAACGGCUACCGACUAGCCCUCAGAGAGGCGGUCAAGUACAUGAAUGAGAACAUUACCACAAAAGUCGAUUCGCUAGGAAAGGACAGCUUGGUGAAUAUUGCCAAGACGUCCAUGUCCAGCAAAAUCAUUGGCGCGGAUGCGGAUUUCUUUGCCAACAUGGUCGUCGAUGCCAUGCUGUUGGUGAAGACCACCAAUCAGAGAAACGAAGUCAAAUACCCUGUCAAGGCCGUGAAUCUGCUCAAGGCCCACGGAAAGAGCGGCACGGAAUCCAUCCUUGUCAAAGGCUAUGCACUCAACUGCACCGUUGCGUCACAAGCGAUGAAGACUCGGGUCACUGAUGCCAAAAUCGCCUGUCUGGAUAUGAACUUGCAGAAGGAGAGAAUGAAGCUUGGUGUUCAGAUCACAGUCGAUGAUCCUGAUCAACUGGAGAAGAUUCGCGAAAGAGAGUCCGGCAUUGUUCUCGAGCGUGUGGAGAUGAUCCUCAAGUCUGGCGCAAAUGUCAUCCUUACUACCAAGGGUAUCGACGAUAUGGUUCUCAAGCUCUUUGUUGAGAGGGGCGCCAUGGCUGUCCGCCGCUGCAAGAAAGAAGAUUUGAGACGAAUUGCCAAGGCGACUGGAGCCACCUUGGUAAGCUCGCUUUCCGACCUCAACGGUGAUGAGAAAUUCGACGCAUCGAAUUUGGGUUACGCAGAGGAAGUUGUGCAAGAGCGGAUCUCGGAUGACGAGUGCAUCCUAGUCAAGGGUACCAAGGUCCACACGUCAGCCUCCAUCAUUCUGAGAGGGCCCAACGACUACAGCUUGGAUGAGAUGGAGCGUUCGGUCCAUGACUCCCUCUGCGCUGUCAAGCGCACCCUCGAGAGUGGCAGCAUCGUCCCUGGUGGCGGUGCCGUUGAAACCGCUCUCCAUAUCUACCUUGAAGAAUUCGCAGUCACAGUGGGCUCGCGGGAGCAACUCGCGAUCGGUGAAUUCGCUCAAUCGCUUCUCAUUAUCCCGAAGACCUUAGCAGUCAACGCUGCCAAGGAUUCGUCCGAACUUGUUGCUCAGCUCCGAAGCUGCCACUUCGCCUCUCAGCGUGUGCAGGAGACUCCUGCCACCAAGGAUGACAAGGCUAUCGCGAAGAAGAAGAACUACAAGAACUACGGGCUCGAUCUGACAAAGGGACGAGUCCAUGACUGCAUCAAUGCCGGUGUCCUGGAACCUAGCAUGGGCAAGCUCAAGCAGUUCAAAAGUGCCGUAGAGGCCUGCAUAGCGAUUAUGCGUAUCGACACAAUGAUCAAGCUGGACCCCGAGAUAAAGGAGGAUGAUGGACACGGCCACUAG